UUCUCGUCCGACUCUAUCCAUACGCUAUGUCAUGCCCAUGAAUUAACGGAGGGAGCAUCCCAUGAUGACCACAAUUCCACCCCCUUUUUCCUGGAUGAGAAGAGUGGUUGGGUGAAAGGGCUCAAACAUCGGCUGUUAUUCUGGGUACCACCCGCUUCUCGACGUCCAUUUUAUAACCCUGCAACUGCAUUGGUGAUACCCAGAGGAGGUCCUGAGCUUGAUUUGAGCCGCAUGGCACAUGGACAGCACUGGCAAAAGUGC